AUGGUGGGAUACGAUCGGGAAACACGAAGGGCUCGGAACGAAGUGUGGAAAUGUCUGAAGAUGGAUCAAGGAGAGCUACAGGGCGACAACCGGUGGCUGAGCAGGUGUCCGGAGAGACGGCCUGGCUGGACAGCGGAGGGAAGCGGAGCGCGUAAUGCCGCCGAGCCUCCGAGGACUUUCGUGGACCCAGCGACUUCACCAGCUGGGAGGAGCAGGACCCGGGUGAGAAUCAAGCAGAGACUCACGGUCGCUAUAUUCGCCGGAUCGCUCCAGGGGGGGCUGAGGGGCACGCUAGGAGCCAGCGUACUCAAGCUGCGGGUUUGGUCCGUGGUGAGUGUGUUCUCUGCAUUUUCACUCUGGUAA